AUGGGCAGCUCGUCGUCAACCCCGACGGGCCAGGCGCCACGUACGAUCCAGCGCGCCAAGAGCAUCCAGGACAACUACAUGAACCUCAACGACCUCAAGCGAGACCUGCGCCGGAAGGGCCUCGAGAGCAGCAACCUCAUCCUUGGCAUCGACUUCACCAAGUCGAACGAGUGGACCGGGAAGCGCACGUUUCGCGGUCGUUGCCUCCACGAUAUCCAGCUGCCCGAGCGCAACCCGUACGAGCAGGUGAUGGACAUUGUCAGCAAGACGCUCUGCGAAUACGACGACGACAACACGAUUCCAGUGUAUGGCUUUGGCGACGAGUCGACGAGCGACUCGGCCGUCUUUUCGUUCAUGCCGCUGGGGCCGAACGCGAUGCCAGGCUACCGCCUUGGUGACGUGCGUGCGCGGUACCGUGACGUCGUCCCGCACGUCUCGAUGGCCGGUCCGACGACCUUUGCGCCCAUGAUUUACCAAGCGCUUCGCAUUGUCCAGCAAAACAACAUGGCGUACCACAUUCUCGUGCUCAUUGCCGACGGCCAAGUGACGCGGUCGGUCGACGUGCCGAACGGCCAGUUCUCCAAGCACGAGCAAGACACGCUCAACGCGAUCAGCUACGCGUCCAACUUUCCGCUGAGCAUCGUGGUUGUCGGUGUCGGUGACGGCCCGUGGGACAUGAUGCACAUCUUUGACGACAACGUGCCGAGCCGCCGCUUUGACAACUUUCAGUUUGUCGAUUUUGAUGCGGUCACGCGUCACAUUACCGACACGACGCGCCGCGAGACGCAGUUUGCGCUCCACGCCCUCAUGGAGAUCCCGGAGCAGUACCAGCUCGUGCGGAAGCUCAACUUGAUGUCGCCAAACGGGCUUCGGCACCAAGUGCCGCCGGUGCCUGUCCUGCCGGCGCCGUUUCUUCCGACUCUCAAUGCAAACGGUAUGGCGUACCCCGGGGCCCCCAUGAGCUACCCCGGACCACCGAUGAGCAACCCCGGACCACCGAUGAGCUACCCCGGACCACCGAUGAACUACCCCGGACCCUCGACGAGCUACCCGGGACCGCCCAUGGGCUACCAGGGAGCUGCACCAACGAGUGCACCGAGCGCGUAUCCUGCCUACCCCGUGGCGUCGGCCAAGACGAUUCCCGCCAACGUUCCGACAGCCCCGUCGUCGGCCCCGGUGCUGCGGGGCAACCAAGUGGCCUGUCCCGUGUGCACGUACUUGAACGCGACAAGCGCAAGUGCUUGUGAAGUGUGUACAUCGCCACUCCAAGGCGCCGUGCCGACGCCGUCGCUGGCGGACGCGCGCCUUGUCGAGAGCAUGCGGGCGCUGCACGAAGCAACGCUCUGCCCGAUUUGCGAAGACAAAAAGAAGGACAUGGUGUUUCAGUGCGGCCACGAGACGUGCGGGCAGUGCGCAAGUCGGCUCACGCAGUGCCCCAUCUGCCGCGUCACGAUCAGCACCCGCAUCCACCGGUAUGGGUAG